GAGAGCUGUGCUAUAGUGCUGUGAGUGUGUAAGCCUAGCAGCUGGGUAGUGUUAUGGUUGCUGCUUUCCUGUGCUAAGCUGAUUUACUUGUUUAAGGUCUGACCUCAUCAUCCUGUCAGUAUGGAUUCCCACCUAUACAGUUAGUAGCAGCUUAGCAUCGGCUUGAAGAGCUUGCAGUAUAUUAAUCAGAAGAGAGAGGGAGAGAGCUACCGGUAUUUGUUCUUUUGUUGUCUUUUCUUAAGAAGAGGAGUUGAAACACAAGAGAUAACAAAGAAUCCAUUUCCUUUCUAAAAGAAUAGGCUUUUGUCUUUUUUUUUUUUUUUUUUUUUCCCUGAAAAAAAAUGUCAGUAUCUGGAAAGAAAGAGUUUGAUGUGAAGCAGAUCCUGAGGCUCCGCUGGAGGUGGUUCAGUCACCCCUCGCAAGGCUCCACAGGCACGGGGGGCUGCCAUCAGCAGGAAGGAUAUGAGCACAGAGGGACACCGGUUCAGAACAGGUUGAAGAACCACUCUCGGGACAGAAAUGGGCUGAAGAAAAACAGCAGUCCUGUCCACCACAAUAUACUGGCACCCGUGCCAGGUCCAACCCCAGUGCACCACCGAUCUAUUCAAACCUGGCAUCAACAAAAUCUCAUAGAACAGCUUCGAUCAAAUGAGGAUAUUCCCAAAACAAGCACAGAGGAAAACUGUGUCAAAGAAGAUUCAAGUAAAACCCCACAGGAGUUGCAGAUGAUCACAGAAGAAAAUUCAGAUGAAUCUGCAGAGAGGCUGUCAACGACCAGCAGCUCACUGUUUGGAAUGAACACCAAUGGCUCAGAUGAGUAUUUCCAGUCUACAAACCAUGCAGAACAAACUUUCCGCAAAAUGGAAAAUUAUCUGCAGCAGAAGCAGCUGUGUGAUGUUCUUCUUAUAGUUGGAGACCAAAAGAUUCCAGCUCACAGGUUGGUUCUCAGUGCAGUGUCUGAUUAUUUUGCUGCAAUGUUUACUAAUGAUGUGCGUGAAGCAAAACAAGAGGAGAUCAAGAUGGAGGGAGUAGACCCUGAUGCGCUGAAAGCUUUGGUGCGCUAUGCCUACACAGGUAUUCUAGAAUUAAAGGAAGACACUAUAGAAAGCUUGCUAGCUGCAGCUUGUCUUCUCCAGCUAUCCCAGGUUAUUGAGGUAUGCUGCAACUUCCUCAUGAAGCAGCUCCAUCCUUCCAACUGCCUGGGGAUACGCUCUUUCGGAGAUGCUCAGGGCUGCACAGAGCUCCUGAAGGUGGCACAUACAUACACUAUGGAACACUUCACAGAAGUAAUAAAAAACCAGGAAUUUCUUUUGCUCCCUGCUAAUGAAAUUGCAAAGCUCUUGUCUAGCGAUGACAUCAACGUUCCAGACGAAGAAGCAAUAUUCCAGGCAUUAAUGAUGUGGGUGAGGCAUGAUUUGCAAAACCGGCAACAAGACCUAGGAAUGCUUCUUUCUUAUAUUAGACUGCCUCUACUUCCACCCCAGUUACUAGCCGAUCUAGAAAAUAGUCCCAUGUUUGCAGACGACCUAGAGUGUCAGAAACUUCUUAUGGAGGCUAUGAAGUACCAUCUUCUGCCAGAAAGACGGUCCAUGAUGCAGAGUCCUCGAACUAAACCUAGAAAAUCUACAGUGGGCGCACUUUAUGCUGUAGGAGGUAUGGAUGCCACUAAAGGUACCACUACAAUUGAAAAAUAUGACCUUAGGACUAACAGUUGGAUACAAAUUUGUACUAUGAAUGGUAGACGAUUACAGUUUGGAGUUGCAGUAAUUGACAACAAGCUCUAUAUUGUGGGAGGAAGAGAUGGUCUGAAAACUUCUAACAUUGUUGAAUGUUUCAACCCUAUCACCAAAGUUUGGACUAUAAUGCCUCCUAUGUCAACACACAGACAUGGCCUAGGAGUAGCAAUGCUUGAAGGACCAAUGUAUGCUGUUGGUGGCCAUGAUGGAUGGAGUUACCUUAAUACCGUAGAAAGAUGGGACCCACAAGCACGGCAAUGGAAUUACGUUGCUAGCAUGUCAACCCCUAGAAGCACCGUAGGGGUUGCAGCAUUAAAUAGCAAACUGUAUGCUGUUGGUGGACGAGAUGGGAGCUCCUGUUUAAAAUCAAUGGAAUGUUUUGAUCCGCACACAAACAAGUGGAGUAUAUGUGCUUCGAUGUCCAAGAGAAGAGGGGGCGUUGGUGUCGCAACGUACAACGGGUUUUUAUAUGCUGUGGGAGGUCACGAUGCACCUGCUUCCAACCACUGCUCUCGACUUUCCGACUGUGUAGAAAGGUAUGAUCCAAAAACAGAUGCUUGGACAACAGUGGCCCCCCUGAGUGUACCUCGGGAUGCUGUUGGAAUUUGUCCUCUGGGAGACAGAUUAUAUGCUGUUGGCGGCUAUGAUGGCCAUACGUACCUGGAUACCGUGGAGUCCUACGAUGCUCAAAAUAACGAGUGGACAGAGGAAGUUCCUGUCAAUAUUGGAAGGGCUGGAGCAUGUGUUGUUGUGGUGAAGUUGCCCUGAGGAUCACAAAUAUUGUGAAAUUAAACUGAGUGGAGUUUCAUGAAGGCUGAGUCAGGAAGAUAAGAAAUAUUUCCAGAAAGCAGUACAGACUAUACACAUCUUAGCAGCCCUCCAUUAUAGAGAAUACUUAUCUCUGAGCCAUUAUGAUAUUAGAGCACAAAAGUGUCUUCCUGCAUUCCAAAAAUCAGACAAUUUUGCAUAAGUGAAUUAUUUUAUUAUACCUAAUACAUACAAAUUCAAUAAUAUGUUUAAAUGGUUCAGGUUUGUUACAAAAGUAUCUGUUAUUUAUAAAAUGCAGUAGUAAAGUGAUAAACGGGUGUAUAAGAUUUCAUAAACUUUUUUCUUUUCUAGGUUGGCAGUAAUGCUAAUGUUUAUAAAAACAGCUUUUAUAUUUUAAGUACAUGAAAAUGAAUAAGAGAAACACCUUCAACAGCGAACUGCACAGAAAGAAAUAUUUGCCCAUAAAUAUCACUGGCAACUGGAUAUUCUCUGCAGAAGUAACUUCAUUUCUAUAUUCAGAAAUUAAAUUACUAGAUUAACUUUAAAAUCAAGUCAGAGAAGCAGAGAAUUUAGUUGCUAUUCAACCUCCGGCAUUGCUAGUACUGUGACAGAAUACCCAUUUUUAGCAGUAUAUUAAAUUGAAUAGUGCAAGUUAAGAAAUAGUAGGGCUAAAGUAUCUUUAUGUUACUAAGUAUGUGCCAACAGAAAGAAAUCUCUUUGUCAAAACACAAUGCUAAUAUAAUUUGCAAUCAUUUUCACAGUGCAUAGAUAUGUGAUAUUUUAAUGCUGAUCCGUGUGUCAGGUUAUUCAUGGAUUUGUCUUUGCCCACUAACCAUCUGUCAGUAUGCGUUAAACUAAUUUGGCUAUUCUUGGGAUAAUCACCAUGCAUUAAAUUUUAAAACAAUCAGAUAAUUACAUUCUUCGAAUAUAACUAACAAAAUGAAAUUUUUAUAUCAUAUUGAUAUGACAAUCUUUGACCUCAGCUGAAGAUUACCAGCUUUCUCUCAUGUACAGUAGAAAUACGGUAAGGAAAAAAACCAUAUCCACUGUGUAAUGUUAUAUACCAGUUAUAUAAUAAGCAUGUUUAUGUUUUAUUUCAAAUUAAGGGAAUGUAAAGAAUCAAGAAUAAACAGGAAAAGAAUCACCUGAAAACAGCACAUAAUAUUCCACAUGCAUGAUAUUUUCUUUUUGUGUGCCAAUUUCUAAUGAAGGUUUUGAUUUGUUUCACAUUAAUUUCUUUUUUUUUUUAUAUAAUUUUAAAUGCUGAAAGUGUAUUUUAGAAAAAGAAUGUAUGUAAGAUAUUCUAUGCUGUAAAGCACAAUAUUUGGACAGUAUCUACUUUAGUGUUUGUUAUGUUGUUGUUUUGUCAGUAUCAGAAAAUUCAGGACAGAGAUGAAAAUUCUCUGAAAGUGUAGACUAGCUUUCCUGAUAGAAUACUAUGUUUUCAGAAUUCAGCAAUAUGCUAUUUUAAAAAAUUUAUAGUAAUAAUCCUAAUGAAUGCUUCUAAAGAUGCAAUCUCAUAAGCAUAUUUAUAAAACGAAAAACAUUUUUAACUUUAAAGAUCAGUUAUGUUUAUAUAUGGCAUGCUACAUUCAAAUAAACUUUACUUUCUCUGCUAAGAAAAUUUAGAUUAUAUUUUAACAACUUUGUGGGUUUUAUCCUACAUCUUUUCAAGAAUAGAAAACACAGAAGUAUCAAUCUCAUUUCUGUACUCUAAAAGAAGAAAAGAUCCUGUCUUAGUGUCCUUACUGCAUCUGGUCCACAUAAACUAAAAUUUACCUUCCUUCUAGCA